AUGUCAGCACAAAAGGGACGUUUGAGUAUUAGAAGAAAGUCUAUUGUACACUCAGAACUACAAGUAGCUGGUGGUUAUAGACCUGAGUUUGCUUCUUCAGUAGGCAAUACUCCAGUAGCCAGUUAAUCCACUAGUAAGAUAUGGAAGUUGAUGGAAAAAUAUUUGCCAAAUUCAAAAGAAGCAAUUUAAAGUAGUGUUGUUAACCACGUCGAAUACACUCUCGCUAAGACUAGAUUUGACUUUACUCUUCUUCACUGCUACUAAGCUGUUUCUCAUUCAGUAAGAGAUAGAUUGAUUGAAGCCUUCAAUGAUACAUACCAGUAUUUUAAUAACAAAGAUGUUAAGUAUGUCUAUUACCUCUCCUUAGAAUAUUUAAUUGGUAGAUGUUUGCAAAAUGCUCUUGUUAAUUUAGAACUUGAAGGCUAAUAUAAAGAAGCUAUGCUUGACAUGGGAUACAAUUUGGAAUCAGUUUACGAAUAAGAAGUAGAUCCUGCUCUUGGUAAUGGUGGUCUUGGUCGUUUAGCAGCAUGCUUUUUAGAUUCAAUGGCUACUCUUAACUACCCUGCUUGGGGAUACGGUUUAAGAUACAGUUAUGGCAUUUUUAGAUAGUAAAUUAAAGAUGGUUACUAAGUAGAAGUACCUGAUUACUGGUUGGAUAGAGGUAAUCCAUGGGAAAUCGAAAGAUUGGACGUCAACUAUUAAAUAAAGUUCUACGGUUCCAUUACAAAGAAAGUAGAAGAUGGUAAAGAAAGAACUAUUUGGGAAGGAAGUGAAAUCAUUGUAGCAAGAGCUUACGAUAAUCCUAUCCCAGGUUAUAACACAUUCAAUACUAUUAACUUAAGAUUGUGGAGAUCUCUUCCCUCUUCCGAAUUUGAUUUCAAGUCCUUUAAUUAAGGUGAUUACUUCAAGGCUCUUGAAAGCAGACAAAGAGCUGAAUUUAUAACAAGUGUACUUUACCCUAACGAUUCCACCUAUGCUGGCAAAGAGCUAAGAUUAAAAUAGCAAUAUCUUUUAGUAUCAGCAACCAUUCAAGAUGCAAUUAGACGUUUCAAGAAGAAAAGAAAAGAAUGGAAGGAAUGGCCCAAGUAUAAUGCUUUAUAGUUGAAUGAUACUCACCCCGCACUUGCUAUUGUUGAAUUAAUGCGUAUAUUAACUGAUAUUGAAGGUUUAGAAUAUGAAGAAGCUUGGGAAGUCGUCUAUAAUUCGUUUGCUUAUACAAAUCACACCAUUCUCCCCGAAGCCCUUGAAAAAUGGGGGGUCGAAUUGCUUGGAAAUCUACUUCCUAGACAUUUAGAAAUUAUCUACAAUAUCAAUCACAUAUUCUUAGAAAAGAUCUCUAGAAAGUAUCCUAAUGACUGGAGAAAGCUUUCAACUCUUUCUUUGGUUGAAGAAGGAACUCAUAAGACAAUUAGAAUGGCUAACUUGAGUAUUGUUGGUUCUCAUGCUGUUAAUGGUGUUGCUGCUUUACACUCAUAGCUUUUGACUACUAAUCUAUUCAAGGAUUUCUAUGAGCUACGUCCUGCUAAAUUCUAAAACAAGACUAAUGGUGUUACUCCUAGAAGAUGGAUUAGAUGUGCUAAUCCAGGUUUAUCUGCUUUACUUAAUGAUGUUGUCGGUUCAGAUGACUGGAUUCUUGACAUGGAUAUCCUCAAGAACUUCCAAAAAAUAGCUGAUGAUCCUGCUAUCUAAAACAGAUGGAUGCAAGUUAAGAGACAAAAUAAAGAAAAGCUUUAUUGGUGGGUGAAAGAAAGAUGUGGCGUAGAUUUGAACAUUGACUCACUCUUUGAUAUUUAAGUCAAGCGUAUUCAUGAAUACAAGAGAUAGUUAAUGAAUAUUCUCUAUGUUAUUAGAAGAUAUUUAGACAUAAAGAAGACUCCAGCUGAAGAAAGAAGAAAAUUAUUUGUACCUCGUUCUAUCAUGUUUGGUGGAAAGGCUGCACCUGGAUAUAUUACUGCCAAAAGAAUUAUCAGAUUGGUCAACGCAGUUAGCUAAAAGGUUAAUAACGAUCAAGAAGUUGGUGAUUUACUUAAGGUUGUCUUCUUACCCAAUUACAAUGUCUCAAAUGCAUAAGUUAUUAUUCCAGCUAGUGAACUCAGUUAACACAUUUCAACUGCAGGUUUGGAAGCAUCUGGUACUUCCAAUAUGAAAUUCGUAAUGAAUGGAUGCUUGAUCAUUGGUACAAUGGAUGGUGCUAACGUUGAAAUAGCUGAAGAAGUUGGUGAAGAAAAUAUGUUUAUAUUUGGUGCCAGAGUUGAAUAAGUAGAAGAAUUAAGAAAUAAGAUGAGAAAUUCUAAUUAUAGAGAUUAUUUUGGUCCUAGAUUAACAGAAGUAUGUGAUGCUAUUAGCAGCGACUUGUUCGGUUACAAGUACGAUUUAGAUGCUCUUUUAGACACCAUCAGAAACAAAAACGACUACUAUAUUCUUGGAGCCGAUUUCGAAUCAUAUUGUGAAGCCUAACAAAGAGUUGACAAUCUUUAUAGAAACAAGAGUGAGUGGACCAAAAAGUCAAUAUUAAAUAGUUUAAGAUCAGGUAAAUUUAGUAGUGAUAGAACUAUUAGAUAGUAUGCAGAAGAAAUAUGGGAUCUUGAACCUUGUGAAAUUCCUAAUCCUUCUAAAUCCGAGAAGGAAAGAUUUAUCCAAAGAAAUAUAAAUUGA